AUGCCCAGCCCUCCAAAGGUUCGAAGAGUAGCUGUUCUUGGUAGUCGAGCAGUUGGAAAGUCUUCAUUGACGGUCCAGUUUGUAGAAAAUCAUUUUGCCGAGACAUAUUACCCUACUAUUGAAAACACAUUUACAAAGAUUGUCAAGUACAAGGGCGAGGAGUUUGCAGCAGAGAUUAUUGAUACUGCAGGACAGGAUGAGUUUUCAAUUCUCAACUCCAAGCAUGCAAUUGGAAUUCACGGAUAUGUGCUGGUAUACUCGAUUGCAUCUCGACAAAGUUUUGAAAUGUGCAAGAUUGUCCGGGAUAAAAUUCUAAAUUUCACUGGCAUUGAUUGGGUGCCGAUUGUGCUGGUGGCCAACAAGGUUGAUUUGCAUGCACAACGUCAAGUGACAACAGAAGAAGCUCGCGCAUUGUCCACAGAGUGGAGUUGCGCAUUCAUUGAAACGUCAGCAAAACAUAACCAAAACAUUGUCAAGGUGUUUGAUCUAAUGCUGGCUGAAAUUGAAAAAGUCAGGGGCGAAGGUGAACCUGAGAAGAAGGCGGGGUGUAUUAUUUCAUAA